AAAAAAAUAAACAAGAUGGCUGCUAUAGUAAAUGAGCAUGGUUGCAUCUGUUGGAAACAUCGCUAGUCUUCAUUUAUUACUGAAAUUUUUUAAUUCAAUUGUUUAAAAACAGUUCAUUUCUGAGAUGCUGUCCAGCAUGGAGGUUAAAACAGAUGUGUUAUCUGCAGUUUCAUCUACUGUAGAUAUACAGUCAAAUGAAUUAACAGAGUUUUCAUCUUCUGAAGAUUUGAAACCUGAUCUAUCAACCAUAGUAUUAUCAUCUUCUGAAGACAUAAAAACAGAAUUAACAUUUUUUAAUUUCCAGGAUAUAAAACCUGACAUGACAUUUAAAACCCAUCAAGAUGUUAAACCUGAUGUUACAACAGAAUUUUCUUCUUCUGAUGACGUAAAAGCAGAAUUAUCAACAUUGUUUUAUUUCCAGGAUAUAAAACCUGAUAUGACAUUUAAAAACCCUCAAGAUGUUAAACCUGAUGUUAUACCAGAAUUUUCUACUUCUGAUGACAUAAAACCAGAAUUAUCAUUUUUUAAUUUCCAGGAUAUAAAACCUAACAAGUCAGUUAAUACUUCUCAAAAUUUUAAUCCUGAUAUUACAUUUUCAAUUAAAACAAUUAAUAAGAAACCUGCGGCAACAGCAGUAUUUUCAACAUCUGAAAAUUUAAAACCAGAAUUGUCAACUACUGAAAGUUUAAAACAAGACUUAGCUAAAGAAUUUUUAUUUUUUGAGGACAAACAACAAAAUGGACUUGAAGAAAAUCUACAAAUGUCUAUGGACAAAAAUAAGGUUGUUCAUUGUCAUCAAAUAUUUUCUCAAAGUUCUGAUAUUAAUAUGCAUAAAAAUGUUCAUUCUGGAGAUAAGCCAUAUGAGUGUGAUGUUUGUCAUGAAAGGUUUUCUCAAAGUUCUAAUUUAAGAACACAUAUAAAUAUUCAUUCAGGAGAAAGGCCUUAUGAAUGUGAUGUUUGUCACAAAAGAUUUAGUGAUAAGAAUGGUCUAUUACGACAUAAAUUUAUUCAUUCAGGAGAAAAACCACUUGAAUGUGAUGUUUGUCAUAAAAGGUUUUCUCAAAGUUCUUACUUAAGAAAACAUAAAAAGGUUCAUUCAGAAGAAAGGCCUCAUGAAUGUGAUGUUUGUCAUAAAAGGUUUUCUGAAAAAUCUAAUUUAAAAACACAUAAAAAGGUUCAUUCAGUAGAAAGGCCUCAUGAAUGUGAUGUUUGUCAUAAAAAUUUUGUGGAUAUGAAGGAUCUAUUACAUCAUAAAAUUGUUCAUUCUGGACAUAAGCAAUAUGAAUGUGAUGUUUGUCAUAAGAGGUUUUCGCGAAGUUAUAGUUUAAGUCAACAUAAAAAAGUUCAUUCAGGAGUAAGGCCUCAUGAAUGUGAUGUUUGUCAUCAAAAUUUUGUGGAUAUGCAGGCUCUAAUAUGUCAUAAAAUUGUUCAUUCUGAACAUAAGCAAUAUGAAUGUGAUGUUUGUCAUAAAAGGUUUUCUGAUAGUUCUAAUUUAAGAAAACAUAAAAAGAUUCAUUCAGGAGAAAGGCCUCAUGAAUGUGAUGUUUGUCAUAAGAACUUUGUGCAGAAGGUGGGUCUAUUACGACAUAAAAAAGUUCAUUCAGGAGAUAAGCCGCAUGAAUGUGAUGUUUGUCAUAAAAACUUUGUGGAUAUGAAGGAUCUAUGACGUCAUAAAAUUAUUCAUUCAGAAGAUAAGCAAUAUGAAUGUGAUGUUUGUCUUAAAAGAUUUUUUUGAAGUUCUGAUUUAAGACAAAAUAAUAAAGUUCAUUCAGGAGAAAGGCCACUAGAAUGUAACAUUUGA